AUGGGGUAUUUGAUGUUGUUGGUUCUUAGAGUGGUGUUGUGUGUGUAUAUGUUUGUGAUGUUCCAUUUUGCAUGUUUGUCUUCUUCGCAUCUAUGCCAUUCCCAAGACAGCUCUGCCUUGCUUCACUUUAAGACCCAUUUCAUUUUUAACACUUCAUUUUUUGAAUAUGAGUAUGAGUAUGAGUGCUCCCAUGUUUAUCCAAAGAUGAGUAUGUGGGAAAAUGGGACAGAUUGUUGCUCAUGGAUGGGUGUCACGUGUCACUCUGUGUCUGGUCACGUGAUUGGCCUUGAUCUCAGUUGCAGUGCACUUGUUGGAAUAAGGGGACACUUGACAAGUCACAUUCUCUAUUUACCCAACCUUUAUGCGCUCAAGUUAUCUGGAAAUGGAAACAUUCAAGUCCAUGUUCCAAAGUUGAAUUGCACUACUUCUCUUAGUUUUUUGGAUCUUUCAUCGUGCCAAUUUUCAGGAUCACAAAUCCCUGAUUCCUUUUCUAACCUCACACAGCUAACUUUUUUGUACUUGCCUGAAAAUGGAUUCAAUGGUUCAAUCCCAUCAUUGCUCUCAAACCUUCAGCAUCUCACUCACUUGGACCUUUCAGGGAAUGCAUUCACUGGUUCGUUCCCAUCAUUUCUUUCAAACCUUCAUCAUCUUGUUUACUUGGAUCUUUCAUUCAAUAAGCUUAGUGGUCAAAUUCCAAAUGUGUUUGAUAGGCUAACCAAUUUGCAAUAG